ACGGUUGACAGGAAAUUGGGAAGAAGCUCAUGAAUCAUGAUGCAAGGCUCAAUCAGCAUCUGUGCGAAUUCUGAACUCUAAUGGCUGUUUGCUGAUCUGAUGUGAUAUCGGAAUCCACUCCCACAGUCCUCCUCCACUCCACUCCCACUCCCCAGGUCAAAAGCGGUGAUCCUCAAGGCAUGCUGCCAUGCUAGGCCAUGCCUGCCCUGCCCGUGCCUGUCAAUCCCAGCGCACGCCCCACCUGCCCAGUCUGCUGCGAUAUCCUAGAGGACCAGAGCUCCAUCUGGACAUGCCUUCGUGUGCUUGGCCGGCCCUAUCUCCCAAUUGCCGGGGACGAGGCGCCGUCGUUGGCCCUGUGCAGACGGGAGAUCAGAGCUCCAUGUCUGUCGCGCCCAGCCCCCCAGCCCUCCAGCCUUCAAGCCCAGCUCAGAAAGGGAGAGAGCUCGCAGAGUCGCAGCAGCAGCAGCAGCGGUGAACCUUGCCCAGAUUCAUCUCAUCAGCCCAUCGUGCACCCCCCCUCCCUCCCCCCGGCCUCGACAGCCCCGCCUUGCUGGAUUGAGAUCGGCCGAGUGUUUCAACUUCACCAACCCGCUCACCUUGCGGUUAGGGCCGGUGGAUCGUCAAUGCGCUUUGUUUUUCCGGGCCUGGGCGCUGGGGCCUUCGCGAGAUGAUCCCCCACCAUCUGAAUGGAGGCGGAUGAGGCCCCCCCCCCCCCCCCUGUCGCCGCUC